UUCUUUCUUCACUGUUACCCACUCCUCUCUUCUACUAACAUCUCUCUUCCUUUUUUUGUUCCUUUCCAUUUUGUGUUCACCACACACAUGUGGCUAUUUAAUGGGAAUGGAACUGCUUAUACAGUCAUUAUAAAAUUGCAAAUCCCCAAUUGUAAAUAGAUGGAAUGUUAUAUACAAUUUAAAGGAUAGGCUUCAAUUAUUUUGUUAAUUUUCUGUGCUAGUUGUAGAACUCUUGCUGGUUUCAUUGGUAGAAACUUUUUCGUUCUGAAUUGUGAAUUGUGCUUACCUACGUUGCUUUUGUUUUCUGCAUCCUCUCUCUGAGUCACUCAAUAUAAAAUGUUUAUUUAUUUUUUAAGACUGAUUGUUUACUUAAAAAUCUGUUUCUAGAAACUAACAAAUUUGCAUCGAUUGGAGUGUUCUUGUGUCAGAUGGACACAUUUGGUGCAUCGAUUUCGGAGGCAAAAAACAUUACAACAGGGAACCCUUAUGACUGUUUGAUCGAAAUGGAGGGAUUCAAGUGUCGUGUCGAUGAUAUAAUUUCCAAAGUUGAUGAGCUUGAGCAGAAAGUGAAUGACAUAGAAAUUUUUUUCUCGAGCACGAAUAAAAGACAAAAGAAUAUGGAUAAAGGUAAUUCGUCUACAAAGGAUAAAGACAAGGAGAAACAUGUUGCAAGUAUUAAGAAGCAAAACAAGGUAGCAUCACGUAGAGAAGCAGCAGCGGCAAAGAGAAUGCAAGAUCUUAUGCGCCAGUUUGGCACAAUAUUACGCCAGAUCACCCAACACAAGUGGGCUUGGCCUUUUAUGCAGCCUGUGGAUGUCGAGGGCCUUGGUUUGCAUGACUAUUACGAGGUCAUUGACAAGCCAAUGGAUUUUAGUACCAUUAAGAAUCAAACGGAAGCUAAAGAUGGUACAGGAUAUAAGAAUGUUCGGGAGAUAUGUGUUGACGUGAGGUUAGUUUUCACGAAUGCCAUGAAGUAUAAUGACGAAAAAAGUGAUGUCCAUGUGAUGGCAAAAACUUUGCUGGAAAAGUUUGAGGAGAAAUGGUUGCAAUUUCUGCCAAAAGUUACUGAAGAGGAAACAAGACGAGAACAAGAAGAAGCUGAAGCACAGUUAAGCAUGCAGCUUGCUCAAGAAGCCGCUCAUGCCAGGAUGGCUAGAGACUUAAGUAACGAGCUGUAUGAUGUUGAUGUGCAUUUAGAAGAGCUACGGGAGAUGGCUGUUAAAAAAUUCAGGAAAAUGACAACAGAUGAAAAGAGAAAGUUAGGCGCGGCUCUUGCUCGGUUGUCACCUGAAGAUCUAAGUAAAGCAUUGGAAAUCGUCGCCCAAAAUAAUCCGAGCUUCCAAGCAACUGCAGAAGAGGUGGAUCUCGACAUCGAUGCUCAGAGCCAGUCGACCUUAUGGAAGUUGAAAUACUUUAUAGAGGAGGCUUUAGAAAAACAGAGCAAGAAUUCAGGAAGCACCAGUGGCAAUGAAAAUCAUAACAACAAAAACAAACGUAAACAAGAGUUAUGUGAUGCUGUUGCCAAAGCUUCUAAGAACAAGAAGCCCACUUGAAAGGUUAUUUGGAGAAAGGGUUUUGCGUUAUGUUAUCUCCAACGAGUUAUAAUCAGCCCCAAAAAUGAAAAAAGGAUAAAACAUAAAAAGAAAAAAGAAAUUGAGUUGUAAUGCACAUGGAGUCGAAAGCAAGCCGAUAGUAUAAAGGUUCAGAAGGCUUUCAAGUAUUCCA